AACCACAUAUUAAUAUACAUAUCUGUGGCGGCAACUCACUGCAGCCGGUUGCAUUACAGAUGUUUUAUGUUAGUUGAAUUUGAAAUUUUAUAUUAGUCGUCAUUCUGUUCGCUCUCAGUGUUGGUGUCCUUGUUUGAGUUAAUAACUUUCUGUUAGUUCGUAAUUUAUUGCAUUAAACUUUAAAUAACUUUAUAUGCGCUAACAAUCCAGUGUUUUCAUAGAACUGUGAAAUUGUUUUGUUUGAAUAAUCAAAUUAUGAGUGCAUUAAUUAAUCGUCGAAAUCGUAUUCGGCUGAAUUCAGGAGCACCUAAUGAAGAUGACGCUUCUCUCAGUGUGACUGAUAGUAGUGCUCCUGACAAUAAUAUGUCUGAGGACAAUGUUACACCUAUUAAAGAAGAAAAUGAUUUUGAGAUGGAUUCUGAACAGGAUGAUCCUACAGGCUUGGAAGGAGCAGCAUUUCAUAGUCGUCUUCCCUUUGAUAAAAUGACUUCAAAUGAAGCCUAUUGCUUUGCAGAUGUAGCUCAUGGACCGACACAAACUCAAAAAAUUUUUUUACAUAUUCGCAAUCGAUUGUUACAACAAUGGUUGGAUAAUCCAAAACAACAAUUAAUUUUUGAAUCUGCUUUACCAUCCAUUGAACCACCUUUCAAUACUGACAAAGUUCUUAUUUAUCGAAUUUUUACAUACUUAGAACGUCAUGGCUUCAUAAAUUUUGGUGUAUUUAAGAGAUUGAAACCUCUACCUAUAAAGAAAAUUGGUAAAGCUAUCAUUAUUGGAGCAGGUAUUGCAGGGUUAGCUGCUGCCCAACAAAUGCAACAAUUUGGCAUGGAAGUAGUGGUCCUAGAAGCAAGGGAUCGAGUUGGUGGACGUAUCGCUACUUUUAGAAAAAACAGUUAUGUCGCUGAUUUGGGUGCUAUGGUUGUGACUGGUCUAGGAGGUAAUCCAGUUACUGUACUAUCUAAGCAAAUUAACAUGGAACUUCAUCGUAUUCGUCAAAAAUGUCCAUUAUAUGAACCUGGAAAAUUAAAUGCAUUGGUAUCAACUCAAGUUCCUAAAGAUAAAGAUGAAAUGGUAGAGCGGGAAUUUAACCGCCUCUUAGAAGCUACAAGCUAUUUAUCUCAUCAUUUGGAUUUCAAUUAUUGUAAUGGAAAACCUGUUUCACUUGGUCAUGCAUUGGAAUGGGUUAUAAAAUUACAAGAGAAACAUGUCAAAGAGAAAUUGACUCAGUAUAUGAAAAAUUAUGUAGCAUUACAAGAACGAUUGAAAACCAUUCAUAAAAAGAUAAUUCAUGUGCAAGACAUUUUAAGUGAUUUAGCCACACAACAAAGAGAAGGCUUUGAAGAAAAGAAUAAUGAUGUUAGUGCAAAUUUUGCAUACCUUUCAGCUACAAGAGAAAUAGCUCUCAAUAUCAAACAAUGGGAUGAAUUAAUUGAAGAAAAAAAUGAAAUUGAAGAAAAGUUGAAAGAAAUAGAAGCAGCUCAUCCUAGUGAUGUCUAUUUAUCAACAAAAGAUCGUCAGAUUUUGGAUUGGCAUUUUGCAAACUUGGAGUUUGCCAAUGCUACUCCUCUAAAUAACCUGUCAUUAAAACAUUGGGACCAAGAUGACGAUUUUGAAUUUACUGGAAAUCAUCUAACAGUGCGUAAUGGUUACUCGUGUGUGCCUGUAGCUCUGGCAGACGGUUUGGACAUAAAACUAAACACUGCUGUACAACGAAUUACUUAUGGACUAAAUGGUGUUGAAGUUUCUACUUCUAAUCCUCGAACAAAUACAACCGGACAAGUGUAUGAAGGUGACGUAGUUCUGUGCACGCUGCCGCUGGGCGUACUAAAGCAGUCCACCAACCCGAAGACGGAGUCGUUGCCGAACACUGUGCAGUUUUCACCGCCGUUGCCGGACUGGAAGGUGGCGGCCAUCGAGCGACUGGGCUUCGGCAACCUGAACAAGGUGGUGUUGUGCUUCGACCGCAUUUUCUGGGAUCCCAACGGCAACCUAUUCGGCCACAUCGGCACCACCACCGCCAGCCGCGGCGAGCUAUUCCUAUUCUGGAACCUUUAUCGCGCGCCUGUGCUGCUAGCACUGGUUGCCGGAGAGGCUGCUAGUGUCAUGGAAGAGGUGUCCGAUGACAUAAUAAUCGCCCGUUGCAUGUUGGUGCUGAGAGGAAUAUUCGGCACGGCCAACGUUCCGGAUCCCAAAGAAACCGUCGUCACCCGCUGGAGAGCCGACCCUUGGGCCAGGGGCUCUUACUCGUUCGUGGCAGUCGGUGCCUCGGGCUCCGAUUACGACUUGCUGGCUGCUCCGGUGUCGUGCAAUAGGACCGAAGAGCCGAACACGACCGCAAACCCGACGGAUGGAAGCGAACGACUCUAUUUCGCCGGAGAGCAUACCAUUCGUAAUUACCCGGCCACAGUGCACGGCGCUUUUCUCAGUGGACUUCGCGAGGGUGGAAGAAUCGCCGACAAGUUUUUGGGCUGUCCGUAUGCAGCGCCCACUUCAAAAUAAUCUCUACACUCGGAGCUACACUUAUUAUGAUUUUUUUUCUUUUUUAUACUUCCCACUAAUGCAUGUUUUUAUUUUAUUUUAUUUUUUUUUUUUUCAC